AUGGCGCAGUACUUCUUCGACCUCCUCUACACCUUCACGGACUGUCUCUGCUGCUUCCCGAGCUCGCCGCAGCUGAAGAUCAACAACCGGAGCUUCAAGCUGCUGCGUCUUCUCGGAGAGGGCGGCUUCUCCUACGUCUAUCUCGUCCAGGAUAAGAGCACAGACGAGCUCUUUGCGCUCAAGAAGAUACGGUGUCCGUUCGGUCAAGAAUCCGUCUCACUCGCCCUCAAGGAAGUCGAAGCAUACAGCUUGUUCACUCCUAACCGCAACAUCAUCCAUUCCAUCGACUACUCGGUCGUGACUGAGUCUGGGUCGAAAUUCAGAUCAGAUGGCGCAGAUGCCGGGUCAAAAACCGUGUACAUUCUUCUGCCGUACUACCAGCGAGGGAACCUUCAGGACGCCAUCAACGCCAAUCUGGUCAACCACACCUCGUUCCCAGAGAGAGACCUGAUGAUAUUAAUGCUCGGAGUAGCCAGGGCGCUGAAGUGUAUGCAUCAGUACAAGGUGAAGGACUCUGCAUCGAGAGGGAAUGGCAAUGGAGCCGCAAAGGGCAAAUCAAAGGGCAAGCCGAGCAGACGGACGAGUCGACGGGUUGAUGACGAUGAAGACGAGUCUGAACAUGAGCCUCUGAUGGAGGGUGAAGUUGCAAUCAGCCAGGAGGGCGUGGAGGAGGGUGAAUACAGACCGUAUUCCCACCGAGACAUCAAGCCUGGUAUAUACGUCCCCUCAAGCUGUCAUCAUAUGACGAGCAUCACUAAUACAUAUGUAGGGAACAUUAUGAUAGAUGACGACGGCAAGACGCCAAUCCUCAUGGAUCUAGGAUCCCUCAGCCCAAGUCCCAUCGCAAUCACAUCUCGCUCCCUCGCCAUAGCUGUCCAGGACACCGCUGCCGAACACAGCACCAUGCCAUACCGUGCGCCAGAGCUGUUCGACGUGAAGACAGGCUCCAUUAUCGACGAGAAAGUAGACAUCUGGUCUCUAGGCUGCACACUAUACGCUUGUCUCGUAGGCAAGAGUCCGUUUGAAGCCCGCAGUGAAGAGACAGGUGGCAGUUUGGCCAUGUGCGUUCUUGGAGGCGACUGGCGAUUCCCCGACGAGAAGGGCGGAAAUACGGAUGCUGGAAAGGGUAAAACCAGGGUCCCUUCGCAAGGGAAUGUUGGUGAUGCUGGUUCAACCGAGAGUGGAGGUAUAAGCCCACCAGUAAAGGAGCUGGUUCGGCGUUGCUUACGAGUUGAGCCGGCUGAACGGCCAGACAUCGACGAGCUGAUUGCUCUGAUCAAAGAGACCAUACAGCAACUGCCGGAGAAUUAG